GCAGCGGGUCACGUGAUCAGGGCCAACAUGGCCGCCGCCGCCGCUGGGAGCUGAGGUGCCGCCGCCGCCGGGCAGCCGGGGGGAAUCCGCCCGCAUCGCUGCCCUUGCGGGCCAGGCGGCCGCGGGGGCCGGAGCACCGGAGACCGAGACCGGGGCGGCGCCGCGCGGCGGCCACGGGGUCCCGUUAGAGCAUCCCCAGCGGCUAUGCCGAGGGCCCGGAACGGCCGGCGGAGCAGGGGGGCCGGCAGGAGGGAGGAAACCUUCCUGCGAGUGCGAGCCAACCGGCAGACCCGACUGAAUGCUCGGAUUGGGAAAAUGAAACGGAGGAAGCAAGAUGAAGGGCAGGUAUGUCCCCUGUGCAACUGCCCCCUGGCAGGAUCGGAGCAGGAGAUGAGUAGGCAUGUGGAGCAUUGCCUUUCUAAGAGGGAAGGCUCCUGCAUGGCUGAGGAUGAUGCCGUGGACAUCGAGCAUGAGAACAGCAACCGCUUUGAGGAGUAUGAGUGGUGCGGGCAGAAGCGGAUACGGGCCACCACUCUCCUGGAAGGUGGUUUCCGAGGCUCUGGCUUCGUCAUGUGCAGCGGCAAAGAGAAUCCGGACAGUGAUGCUGAUUUGGAUGUGGAUGGGGAUGACACUCUGGAGUAUGGGAAGCCACAAUACACGGAGGCUGACAUCAUCCCGUGCACAGGCGAGGAGCCUGGUGAAGCCAAGGAGAGAGAGGCCCUCCGGGGCGCAGUCCUAAAUGGCGGCCCCCCCAGCACACGCAUCACACCUGAGUUCUCUAAAUGGGCCAGUGAUGAGAUGCCAUCUACCAGCAAUGGUGAGAGCAGCAAGCAGGAGGCCAUGCAGAAGACCUGCAAGAAUAGCGACAUCGAAAAAAUCACCGAAGAUUCAGCUGUGACCACAUUUGAGGCCCUGAAGGCUCGGGUCAGGGAACUUGAACGGCAGCUAUCCCGUGGGGACCGUUACAAAUGCCUCAUCUGCAUGGACUCAUACUCGAUGCCCCUAACGUCCAUCCAGUGUUGGCAUGUGCACUGUGAGGAGUGCUGGCUGCGGACCCUGGGUGCCAAGAAGCUCUGUCCUCAGUGCAACACCAUCACAGCGCCUGGAGACCUUCGGAGAAUCUACUUGUGAGCUGGCCACCCCAGGCAGGCCUUUCCUCGAGCAGCUCCACCUGCCCACCUCUGUGAUGUGACCUUCCCCCUUGUACAUACUUGCACACAGAUUCCCCGUG